AUGUCGGCCGAGGUCGACACCCCCCCCUCCAACGGCGAUGUGGACGACAAUCUCACUCCCGAGGGUCUGAACGGUGGAGGUUCCGAAGAUGAUGCUGAUUUAUUCGGAGAUGACGACGAUGGUGAGGUUCAAGGUGAAGCCAACGAGUACGGACCGAUACCCUCUUCCCGCAUACGAAUGGGCUACCUAGAAAGGAAAACUGAUUACCUUGCUUGCAGGCUCAACCGAAAACUCGAUGACUCGGAGCUCGACUCUGGAGACGACGAAGGACGAACGGAUCGCAUCGAACCCACUAUCGAGGACAACCAGGAAGACAAUGAGUUUAAGCAAGUGCGGAUGCUACAAGUCGACCUGGCAAGAAUAAAACCCCCUGAGGGAGACGACCUAUACUUUCUCAACAUGCCCCCGUUCCUUGGUGUCAAGCACAAGGCCUUCCAACCAUCCACAUAUGAACCACCGACCGUGCCGCACGAAGCUCGCGACCGGACAAAAACAGAUGUUGAAGCAGGAAAAUUCUCCGCAUUUUCGACGGCGUCCACCACCAUGUUCUGGCGGCGAGACCCCAAGACCCCGAGUCUCAUUCAGUCCAACACACGCAUGGUGCGCUGGUCCGACGGCAGCAUGACGCUGCAAAUCGCCUCCCAACCCAAAGACCAUUACCGAAUGUCCACGAAUCCUCUACGGCAAGCAUGGCCCAAGACGCAAGGCGGCGCUGGAGGAGGAGCGGGAGGCAACACCAGCCAGGACUACGACCCCAACAAGGACACUCACAAUUACCUCGCCGCACCGCACUCGGUAGUCGGCGUCGACUUACAGAUCGUGGCACCAUUCGACGCAACGCUCAAGAUCCAACCGACAGGCGACUACGUGGACGAGUCAGUUCUCAAACUGCAACAAUCCCUCGCAGCCGCGACCGAACAGCAUGACCCGAUCGCGGCCCUCCGACCGACACGAAUCGACCCCGAGCUCGCAAAGCGCGAAGCCGAGAAAUUCGAGAAAGAGCGAGUCCGCGCCAAUCGCAAAGUCGAAGCCGCACGGGAGCGUUUGAUCACACGCAAAGACCGAGUCAUGGGCCGAGCCGGCAUGGGCGGACGUCUCGGUGGCACGGGACUCAGCAUCGCAGGGCUAGAAGACGAAGACGGCAUGCCAGGCGCGCGGGGCAGCCACCUCAAAGCGAAAGCGAAGCGGCGCAAGACAAACCGCCGCGGCGAGAUCUACUCUGACGACGAAGACGAAGACAUGCCCCGCGGCCGGCGCGAGGACGAAUACGACCGCGAAGAUGACUUCCUCGCGGCCUCGGACGAAGAGCCUGAGAUCUACGAUGACGACGGCGACGAGGUCGAGGCUGAAGACGAUGAUCCGGACGUCGAUGAUCUCGAGAUCGAGGGCCGUGAUACCGUUGUUGAUUCACGGACUAGAGGCGAGCAGCAAGGUCGCAGUAGAGGCCGAGAAAGAGGUUCUACUCCCAAGCGCUCUGCGAGUGGUGGUGGUGGGGAGGAUGAUGACGACGACACCGCGGGUCCCCUUCCGCAAGGCUCACCGCAGAGAGGGAAGAGGCGGCGGAUCAUUGAUGACGACGAUGAAGACGAGUGA